GGUGCCCCAAAGAUGCCUUCCUUUGCGUUCAAUCCCAGCUAUGCAGAGUGUAAAAUCAAUGUAGAUUUGACAGGCGUUCUUGGAUAGAGUGAAGCCAUAAACUCUGCGGAGAAGAGGAAUUUGGGAAGGAGAGGAAGACAUAAAGGUAUUUUUUAAUCUAAUGGGAAAAUGAAAGAAGGAGGUGAGGUGGGCGCUGCUGUGGAGGCGAAGGGAGGCGAGAGGGGCGGGCGUGGUCUCCGGGGUCCAGGUGGCUGGAUUUCAGCACCAGGGAGAGCUCCCGGGGGCGUCGCUGCGCACGCACCUUCCAGGCUGGAGCGAGAGAGAAAGACUGAGAGCCAGGCAGGAGUCUUUCGCCGCCGGAGGGAAAAGCAGAGAGGACUUGGGCGCUGUAGCUACAGGCGGCUCAGAAGUAUCCAGAGAGACAUUCCCAGACUUCGGCGGACGACUCCAGAACGGGAGCGACACCUUCCAUUUCUGAGCUGCUUUUGCACCUGCUUCUGCAGCCACCUCCGAAAGGAUUUGCUGUCAGAUUCACCGAAGUGUCGCGUCAUUUUCCUUGGGAUACUUUUUCCCCAGUCAGCAUUGAUUUCUCUCUCUCUUUCUCUCUCUCCACUCUUGUGCAUUCGACACAGAAGCAACUAUGAAGAUGAAUCUCUGCCCUCCUUUAACUUGAAAGCUUCCUGGUGAUGGACUUUUGCAAUACGCUUUGGAUCUCCAGCCUUAACCCCCAGAAAAGGUCUCCUCGCUUUUGGAGGCGCUUCUUUUUGGCUCCAGGGAAAUUUGGGGGAGAGAACUGAAAAAGCCCCUCCCUUUUUGGUCUCCCGGUUGUGGGAGCUUUAUAAAAAGUGUGGUUGGGGCAGGACUGAAGGCUGAAGUCUCCCUUCUCUGGGAUGGAUGCCCUCUGUGAAUACAGCUACUGCUCCCUGGCAGCCAGCAUAAAGGAAACAAGGAUGGGGGAACUCUUGGAUUCCCUUCCCAGCCUUGUGGAGGAAAGGCUGCUGGACAAUGGAACCAACGAAUCCCUGCAAGAGUUCUGGAGGAACCUGGUCAACUUGGAGAAGAGCGAGGGGCUGCAAGGGAGCGCCUCUGUGGUCCUGCGGAUCUUCAUCUCCAUCGUCUACUCCGUGGUGUGUGCCCUUGGUCUGGUGGGCAACAUCCUGGUGCUCUACUUGAUGAAGAGCAAAUGGAAAAAGUCCUCCAUCAACCUCUUUGUGACCUGCCUGGCCCUGACUGAUUUCCAGUUUGUGCUGACCCUCCCUUUCUGGGCUGUGGAGAAUGCUCUGGAUUACACCUGGCUCUUUGGCAAUGCCAUGUGCAAGAUCCUCUCUUAUGUGACAGCCAUGAACAUGUACGCCAGCGUCUUCUUCCUCACUGCCAUGAGCAUUGCCCGCUACCAUGCUGUGGCCUCUGCCCUGAAAACCAGAAGGCAAAAUGGGCUCUCGGGUGCCUGCUCUCCAGCCAAAUGGCUAUGCGCUCUCAUAUGGAUCUUGGCCAUUCUAGCUUCCUUGCCCACUGGUAUCUUUUCCACCACUACUACAAUCCUUGGUGAGGAAUUCUGCCUCAUCCGUAUUCCUGAUAGUGAAGGCAACAAUACCUGGCUGGGGAUCUACCAAACCCAGAAGGUGUUACUGGGGUUUCUGUUGCCAUUGGGCAUCAUCACUCUCUGUUAUCUCUUGUUGGUGCGCUUCAUCAGUGACAGGCACGUGGGUGCUAGUUCUUGUGGCCCGAGCACUAAGCGUCGGACCAAGGUGACCAAAUCAGUGACUAUCGUGGUGCUGUCAUUCUUCCUCUGCUGGCUGCCCAACCAAGCGCUCACCACGUGGGGCAUUUUCAUCAAGCUCAACAUCCUGCAGUUCAGUCAUGCUUACUUUCUGUCUCAGGCAUACUUCUUCCCUAUCACCGUGUGUCUGGCGCACUCCAACAGCUGCCUCAACCCCAUCUUCUACUGUCUGAUGCGCAGGGAGUUCCGCAAAGCCCUCAAGAAACUGCUCUGGAGGAUCACUUCGCCCUCCAUCACUACUAUGCGUCCUUUCACGGCCACCACUAAGCCCGAGCAGGAGGAACAAGUACUGCAUAGCUUGAUGCCCGCUAAUCCAGCAAAUAUUUCUGUUCCUUCUCCCCACCCUCCUCCAGGCAUUGCAGUAACUUUACCUGAUAUUGUCUCAUAUCCUCCUGGGGUGGUGGUGUACAGUAGCCGCUCUGAUGCCUUGCCCACCAGCACCUCUGCUGAGCAGCACUGUUAAGCUUCACCAUAUAGGAAGGCUACAACCGGUUCCUGGCCCCAGGGUCUAAAGCAACUGGGGGAUAAUUGUGCUGGAGAUAUUUACCUGGAACCAACCUUCCCCUGUCUUGGAGAUGUGGGAGUAAUGAAACUGCUAUGGGAAUGUCCCACCCCUCAGAGAGGAAAAAGGAAGGGAACGAUUUGUUUAGGACUUUUCCAUUAACCAGAAUGAAAAUGCCCCAUAGCAUUUAUGUAUGGCACUAAGAACGGUGGGGACCUAUGGCACUAAUGAAUCUCUAAUGUGACCACAUUUGGAAAAGUAUGUACAGUUGUAACAGAAUUGGAAAGAAGGUGAAAGAAAAGGAAGCCAAAAUGAUCAAGGGGAUACAGGGUGUCUUCUAAGAAGAAAGGUUUAUGGAUUUUUAAGCAGUUUGUGUUUUUAUCAGGGGGUUACUAUUGUUGAAAAGCAUAGUGAUUUAGCUAUCUUAAGAAAGUGAAUUUUUGAUCUACUCCAGAGGGAAAAAAAGUCUCUGAAUUCUAUUGGUACUUCCAACUGAAGUAGAUUUGUUGAAUCAAUGGGGUUUUCCUAAAUCUUGACUCACCAUUUAACAAAUCAUUAAAUGGGCAUACAUUAGGUAGUGCCAAAUUAGGAAUCAGGCCAAAUAAUAAUUCUUCAGAUCAGGUAUAUGCCAGGUAGUUUUGCUGGCACACCAAAAUUGGCAUUAUAGUUGAUCAUCCACAUUUGCAGGUUUAACAUUUGCGUAUUUGAUUAUCUGCAGGUUUGAUUAGCAUGGUUUCCUUAGGAAUCUCUAGGUCUUCCAUUGUGACUCUGUGUUCAGUGCCUGCUGGAAGUUGACCAUAGGGUUUUGCUGGAGCACUUAAAGAUUCCCAUGGAGAACACUUCUCCAGGAAUCUCUAGGUUCUCCAGCACAAUUGUAUGAUUAACGUCUGGUGAAAAUAGAUCAUAGAGUUACACUGAAGGACUUAAAGAUUCCUAAAGAGGUGAUCUCUCAGGUAAAAAGAAAGAGUGGGGAGCGGGUUGCUUGUGUUUACCCUCUUUUAUAGAGUCCAGUGAAUAUGGAGGAUCUAUUGUACUCUUGUCCACUUCCCCAUCAGUGAAGUAGGAAUUCAUAGCUGGAUUGAACUGGAAUUUUCUCAUCCUGUUGAGGCUUAUAGGGUUCAGUUCAAGAGGAAAAAGAGAACAUGUUUAUUAUUGACUGUGUCUGAAUCACCUGUAUUCUCAGAUUUAUGGGAGAAAUAUUUAAUUUUACUCCAUGCUUUUAUAUCCCAUAUUAGGAUAUGUGCUCAUCCAAAGGAUGGUGACCAAGAUGGUAAAUGGUCUGGAAACCAAGCCCUAUGGGUUAGAAUGCUGGGCAUAUAGUUUUGGAGAAGAGAAGGGUUAGCAGUGACAUGCUAGUACAGUAGAGUCUCACUUAUCCAACAUUCUGGAUUAUCCAACGCAUUUUUGUAGUCAAUGUUUUCAAUACAUCGUGAUAUUUUGGUGCUAAAUUCGUAAAUACAGUAAUUACUACAUAGCAUUACUGUGUAUUGAACUACUUUUUCUGUGAAAUUUGUUGUAUAACAUAAUGUUUUGGUGCCUAAUUUGUAAAAUCAUAACCUAAUUUGAUGUUUAAUAAGCUUUUCCUUAAUCUCUCCUUAUUAUCCAAACAUAUUCGCUUAUCCAAAGUUCUGCUGGCCCGUUUACGUUGGAUAAGCGAGACUCUACUGUAAUCGUCAUUUGAAGAGCUGUCAUGUAAAAGAUGGAGCACGUUGUUUUCCUUAAUUCCAGAGAUUAGGAUACUAAAUAAUGAAUUCAAAAUGAUUCUACCUGAAUGUUACAACAAUACACUAGGUUGCCUUGGAGGCUGGUGGACCUUCUUCCUUUAGAGAUCUUUAUGUAGAGGUUGGAUAGCCAUCUCUCUGGAAUAAUUCUGAUGUAUUUUCCUGCAUGGCAGUGGGUUGCCCUUGUGGUCUUUUCUGAUUCUACAAUUCUGUUCAAGGGAGGUGUGAAAGAUUCUACUAGUAGCUGACAGAUUCCAUGUCAUUGAAUCUAUUCUGAACAUUAAAGGAACCUAUUUAGGGAUAAAUUAUAUGUUUCGAAUAGUACCUUUAAGGUCUGGACUAAAUCCAGGGUGGUGGUGUCACAUCAUGAGGUGAAAGCCACCAGCCACUAGCAAAAUACACUGAUGAUGGAGGGAAGAGAAAGGAGUCAGCAAGCCUGUGGUGUUGCUAUAUUUCUAUGGUAAACCCUUGAAUCAAUAACCUGGGAGUGUAGCUUUAGAAUUCUGCUGCUCUGUAUCCAAGGAGACACCUAUCUUUCCCCAUCAGACUAUUUAAUUUACAAAGCUGAGGAGGACAUGUUGGAUUUCAGAUGAUGGUGAAACUGUCACAGUCCCCCCAGCCAACUUAGCCAUUGGCUCUGAUGUAGAGAUGAUUAGUUGGGAUGGACCAGAACUUGAAAAAGUUCCUUUUUAGGUCUAUAAUUCCCCAGUCACUACAACUACUGACCAGGCUAGUUGUGGAUUCUAGAUAUUGGAGUACACGAAGUAGGUUUUCCAAGCUGUGAGAUGGAUGAGAGAACAGAUGGUAAGGCAGACUUUGAGAAAUGUUGUAACACAUCCAGGAACUGGUAUCAACAGACUUGCCUUGCCAAGCCAGGAUUUUAAAACAUGCCACGAGUCCUGAUAAAUCAGAGCAGGAAUCCUUCAGAUCCUCUGAAGAUGCCAGCCACAGAUGCAGGCAAAAUGUCAGGAGAAAAUGUUGCUAGAACACAGCCAUACAGUCCAGAAACCUCACAACAUUCUUCUCAAAGAGGUUCCUCUGAGGGAUGUAAUAGGAAGUUAUAAUUCCCAGAACAAACAUGGGGAUUCUGGGAGUUUUAAUCCAUGCCAAAAAAAUAUUUCCAUGUUCCUCAUUUCAUGAGUAACCAGAUGGUUAGGCAGGUGUCUCUGGGAAGUCAACAAUGCAAAGUAUUUUCCCUCUUACUGUUUGUUCCACUGCAUCUGAACAUGUAGGUUAUAUUUGACUGACAUAGGUAUUACUGUUGGUAGAGGUAUGGUAGAGGUAUCCUGCUCCAUGGAUUUUAAGUUUAAAAUAAAUCAUUAUUAUCUGGACUGGCUUCUGAAAAACUGCUGUAUCCAAAUAUGGAUUUUUUCUAUUAAUUUGUCCAUCAUCUCUGUAAAUUAACUGGUCCUAAACAAUAGGAUAUUCUCUGGUGAUACUUUCUCCCCCAGAUUCCUGUUUUUUUUUUUAAAACCUUACUCUUACAUUGUUAUGCCACAACUUGCCUCCAUCCAGAGAACAGUUCAUCCUCUCCAACUCUGAUUCACGCCUGAUGCUUUCUGUAAUCCAAAUGGCACAGUGGCCACACAAGAGGAAUGGACUUGCAUCAAAGGCAGAUUGCCAUUAUAUCCAAGCAUGCUACUUCUGUAAAUUAGUACAAACUAAUCAUUCUUUAAGACUGGAUACAAAGGAUGCAUCAUACAAGAGAGUUUUGUAUUUUGUUUUCUGUAUCACAAGACUGUGCUUUGUUUUUGUGGAGAAUUAAAUCACUUUACCCAGA